CUUCUCUUCAGAGCCAAUACUGCAACACACCCUUUGCUUUCUUUCCGAGUCCUUGUUUAGUGGCAACAAACUUGCUAAGUCAUCAACCAUUCCAAUCCCUUGAUAGAUAUAACCUAUUAGUACUCACCUUCUUUUCUUCCUCCCUGCCAACUUUAGACUCAAAGAAAGAAAAUGGUGACAUUUGAUGAGAUCCGCCAGGCACAGAGGGCUGAUGGCCCUGCCACCGUGUUGGCAAUCGGCACUGCAACUCCUCAAAACUGCGUGGACCAGAGCACAUACCCUGACUACUAUUUCCGCAUCACAAACAGUGAACAUAAGACUGAGCUCAAAGAAAAAUUUCAGCGCAUGUGUGAUAAGUCAAUGAUCAAGAAGAGAUACAUGUACUUGACAGAAGAGAUCCUGAAAGAGAAUCCAAGUGUAUGCGAGUACAUGGCACCUUCAUUGGAUGCAAGACAAGACAUGGUGGUUGUGGAGGUACCAAGACUAGGAAAAGAGGCAGCAACAAAGGCCAUCAAGGAAUGGGGUCAACCUAAGUCCAAGAUUACCCACCUCAUCUUUUGCACCACCAGUGGCGUGGACAUGCCCGGUGCCGACUAUCAGCUGACAAAGCUCUUGGGCCUUCGUCCAUAUGUGAAGCGUUACAUGAUGUACCAACAAGGUUGUUUUGCUGGUGGCACGGUGCUUCGUUUGGCUAAAGACUUGGCUGAAAACAACAAAGGUGCUCGUGUGUUGGUAGUUUGUUCAGAGAUAACUGCAGUUACUUUCCGUGGACCCAGUGACACUCAUCUUGAUAGCCUUGUGGGGCAAGCAUUGUUUGGAGAUGGUGCAGCAGCUGUGAUCGUAGGUUCAGACCCAUUACCACAAGUUGAGAAACCCUUGUUUGAAUUGGUAUGGACUGCACAAACGAUCCUUCCAGAUAGUGAAGGAGCAAUUGACGGUCACCUUCGUGAAGUCGGGCUUACAUUCCAUCUCCUCAAGGAUGUUCCUGGUCUUAUCUCAAAGAACAUUGAGAAAGCUCUUGCUGAGGCCUUUCAACCUUUAGGUAUCUCUGAUUACAAUUCCAUCUUUUGGAUCGCACACCCUGGUGGACCAGCAAUUCUGGACCAAGUGGAAGCCAAAUUAAGCUUAAAGCCAGAGAAAAUGCAAGCCACUCGACAUGUGCUUAGCGAGUAUGGUAACAUGUCAAGUGCAUGUGUGUUAUUCAUCUUGGAUGAGAUGAGGAGGAAGUCAAAAGAAGACGGACUUGCCACAACAGGCGAGGGGCUGGAAUGGGGUGUCCUAUUUGGUUUCGGGCCCGGACUCACUGUUGAGACUGUAGUGCUCCACAGUGUUGCCACUUAAAUUGCCUCGAUAUUCUAUAAUUAUAUGUUUAUUUAAUUCUUACUUUGUUUUUGGUGGAUUUUAUCUUCACUUGGUUCAUUGAGCAUUUGAAUAAAGUUCGUUUUUGUGUUCCAAAUGUAAUAUGGUGUUUGCUUAAUGUACCCUUCCAUAUCAUAUUUGUAAUACAGAUAUUCGUCAAUUCGCAAUUUCAUGAUA